UCUCCUCCCCCACAGCUGGAUAACAGCACGAUAAAGGCUGGAAAACACACACACACGUCUCCGGAGCAUCUCAGCAUGCUUUUCGCUCACUGUACCAGCACUAGAACGCAGUAACAGAGCGUGGACGUGGAGGAGAGCUGCACAUACCUUUAGAGAACAAUGAAUGCGGGCUGAUUUCACAGGCAUUAGAAGAGUGUCUGGCGUGCAGCACUGUGCUCUCUGGCUGAGACUCACAGAAAUUUGAGACGAUGACUACAGAGCAGCCGCUAUGAGUUGCGUACCUCCAUGGUAAAUCUAUCCGUGCCUGCUGAAAGCCACGGUUCUCUGACUUCACACAGACUGAAAGCACUUCAAUUAGAGACACACAAAAGAAAGAGCCUGACUGUAUUACAAAGGAAUGGCAUCAAGCCAAUAGGAAAUCAGCUGAGGCCUUCUGCUCUCUCCUGUUAGGAACAGAGGGCUCCAGAGAAAUGAAGGCCAGCAUGAAGCAGUGGCGUCUGGCGCUUGGGCUCAUGCUCACCUGGGCGCUGCUCUUCCUUGCCCUCUUCUCCUACUUCAUGGAGUCACGUGUGGAUGAAGCCAUGGCGCUCUCGCACGCCGAUACGCGCCGCCUCACCUCUGUGCAGGGCAACACUCGCAGCGCUAUGAUGAUCUCUCGCCAGACCUUGCCUGUCACUUCAGCGUCCACAACCUCCAGAGCUCAAAAGGAGCAGAUACCCAACAGCGAGCAGGACAACUAUGUUUACCCAGAUACCCAAAGCCUAGCAACAUGGUCUGUGAGCUCACGCUCAGACACCGCAUCCCACAUUCAUGAAAAACAGGAAAGCAACCAAACCUUCCCUCAACAACUGGAAGAGGAGGACGAGGAAGAUGAGCCGGAAAUGUUUGAAGAGCAGGUCAAGAGCAGAAGAGACACCAACAGUUGGUUUGACUCCAAUCCAGAGGAGUUCUACUCCUCGAAGUCAAAGUCAGUGGUGCAUCAUUUAUGGCAGGGCAGGGCCUCGCUGGACAUGCUUAGUCCACGCUUACAGAAGGCAGUAAAAGACUACAUGAGCACUAAUAAACACGGAGCGUUCUACAGGGGGCGGCGAGAUGCAGGAGUGGAUAGAGAUUGCCUUUUGUGUGAGAUGAAGAGGAAGGUCAAAGUGAUGACACUGGAUGGAAAAGAGCUACCGUUCUCUUCACUAGGCUGGCAAAAGAUUGUACCUCCUUUGCCUCUUGAGCGCCUCUAUGGAAAAGGCUUCCGCACCUGUGCUGUGGUCACUUCAGCCGGUGCCAUCCUCCACUCCGGCCUGGGAAAGGAGAUCGAUUCCCAUGAUGCUGUUCUGAGGUUUAAUUCAGCCCCUACCAAAGGUUAUGAAAGAGACGUUGGAAAUAAGACUACAAUUCGCAUCAUCAACUCGCAGAUCCUGGCUAACCCCAGCCACCAAUUUAACAGCAGCUCACUGUAUAAGAACGUGACUCUGGUGGCCUGGGACCCUGCGCCAUACGCUGUCAACCUGCAUAAAUGGUACAGGAACCCAGACUACAACCUGUUCACUCCAUACAUGAAGUACAGGAAGCAGUUCCCUGGUCAGCCUUUCUACAUUCUGCAUCCCAAGUUCAUCUGGAAACUCUGGGACAUGAUCCAGGCCAACACACUGGAGAACAUUCAACCCAACCCUCCUUCAUCAGGGUUCAUCGGCAUCUUGCUGAUGAUGCGGUUAUGUGACGAGGUUGACGUCUACGAGUACAUUCCAUCUCUAAGACAAACUGACUUGUGCCAUUACCAUGAGCGCUACUACGAUGCUGCUUGCACACUAGGAGCCUAUCACCCUCUGCUCUACGAGAAGAUACUCGUCCACCGUGUCAAAUCUAGUCGACCUAAACGCGACCUCCAGUUAAAAGGCAAGGUCACACUCCCUGGCUUUAGGACCAUCCACUGUGACCCUUGAACUUUUAUCCCCAGAGGAAAGGUUGCAAUAAUUGGGAAGCAGGUAUGAGGUGUUACCUGCAGGCAGUCCACAGAGACAGACUCUGCUCCCACGGGCAGUUUUUAGUUGCGUUCUCUGAGCCUUGUGUGAUGUAGAGGUCAUUGGGUAGCAAUAGGUUUGUUAUAGAAAAGCUGUUUUUAGGUAUCUGGUGAUUUUGCCAUAGCUAGCCAUCAUGUGACGAGACUGAAAGUGUUUGUGUGCCUGUGAUGGAAUUGAAGACUAGUCAUUAACAGAUAAUGUCACCAUUAUAGACACACACACACCCAUGUAAAAUAUAAAUUAAUGCUCUUAGUAGAAAAAUAAACCAUUUUUUAUUGCUGUAAUGAAACACACUACUUUACCAGUGAUGAUACCUGAGUAAUAUUUGGUUUCUGUUGUAUUACAGUUUUCUCAGCUGUUCACAAACGAAAAAUGUGGUGCAUGUCUGAGAGUACUGCCUGGUCUGUGCCAUAUAGUGUCUAUAUUGUAAAUGACAUCACUUUUCUCUCUUGAAUGUUCAUUUGCCAUGAAAUGAUUGUCGAAAUACAGGUGGAAGCACCGAAUACCAUUCCAUAUCAUACAGCUGAGAGAAUAAAACUUCCAAACAAAACCUUCUGUAUUCUAUGGGGACCAUCUUGGUUCAGAAACGUCUGACGCCCCUUAAUGUGUUGAGGGUUUGAUGAUCCAUUCCCUUUUCAAAGGAUCCAAAACCACGAUCAUCUGACUGUGUUUUUCUUUUUUUCUUUUUUAGCCCUUUGGCAAUAUAACCAGUGAGCAGUGGUUGUAUUAAUUGUGUAGUGUUUAAACCAGCACAGUCUGGUUGUUUUCUGUAUUUUGUCCAGGAGGUCACAGGUCUUCACAGACUCCUUACGGAGUAGUCAAAAGCGAAUGAAAUCAAAAUUUCCUUGCAUUGUAUUUUGAAACUUUUCAUUUGAACUGAUUUUUACCUUCUCAUUGUGUUUUAUUGAUGUAAAUAGUUUUUCUACCAGUACAAGGUGUUAUCUGGUUAUGACGUGUACACAUUUGUUCUUUACAUGCCAUUAAUCUGUAAAGGAAACGAAUGCUAUGCUUUGUAUGGACUAAAGGAGGAGAGCUGAAGUUCUGUAUAUCUGUAAAUUGUGGUGGCAAAACUGGGAACUGCUGUUUGCUCUCAGGUCUGUGACAGACUCUGAAGCGCACCCUCUCUAUCCAUCUGUUGGUUAAAUAUUUCAUUUAGGAACCUCUGCUGGUAGCGUAAUAUUCAAUUGUGAUAACUACCUACCUAGUCGCCCCAUGUUGGGGCAAUGUAAACUGAUAUUGAUUAAUAGGGUGAUGAGUUUUCCUUCUUGUCAGGAUGAUUUCAUCUGUAAUCCUACAGCAAAUCCUUCAUUCUGUAAUUAGGCUCAUCCUGUCAUAGUGUGAGUUUUUUUUUUUAUUGUAUUUUUUUUUAAAGGUAAUGUUAGUCUAAACUCUGUGAACUGUGUUUUUGCUCUUUCCCUACUCCAUCUCUAAAGAUGAAUCGCAUAUAUCUCUGUCACACACCAUCCUGUGCUUCCCUGUUAGAGAGAGGUAUAUUAGUGGUGAUGAGAUUAGAGGAAACUGCAGUAGAGCCCAUAGAAGGGUUUUUUUUUUUUUCUCUGUCUUACUGCAGGGAAUAUAUACAGGAGCACACUACUGAACACUUACUGAAUGUCUAGUAAGCCUUUAAUCACAGCACCAUCAGCUAGAGAAAAGAAGAGUCACACGCUGCUCCCUGUAUUGUCUGUGCAUUCAGAGCAACACGCUCAGAGUUGACUUUUUUUAUUUGUUUGAAAAUUUGCCACUUGAAUCUGUGCUUCCCGAAAUAUUUGCAGUCCAUUACACAUGUACACAAAUCUGUUCCAAAUCUAGAAAAGCUCAGUUUACAUUCAUGUUCUAAUCUGUGGAAAUCUGUUUUCUUUUUUUUUCUUCUUUUUUUUUUUUUGAUGUGAUUGACUACUCUUUCUUUUCACGAUAAAGUCCUAGCUUUAUCAUUUCACACUACAGAGUGGACUCCGCAUGCUAAUGAGCAGGGCUUGUAAGCUCAUUGUGGUAAAGGUAUUUAUUUGUAAAUGUAACAAUAAUUAAGCUAUCUAACUUACUUGCUUACUUCAACUCCAAGUUGUUUUAGGUAUCAGGAAUAGAGGAAGUCGUAUUGGGACAUUUCAUUUGGUGAGAUGAUCCAUGCACUGUUUUUGGGUAUUGGCAAUACUUGUGCCAAAUAAGUGUUCAUUGUUCAGUGAUCAGGUUGUAAGGGCCUCUGGUGUGUUUGGGGCUGUAACUUUGGUGCUGUGACUCUGUAUUAUGGACUGGAACUGUGGUGCUGUGAAUUCGUGCUAGAUUUCUUUCUUGCUAGCUCUCUCUCUUUAUCUGUCAUGUCCAUAAAUGAUUUAACAGAAACCGUUUUUUUGUUGUUGUUUUUUUAGCCAGGACACUGAAUUUGCAGUGAAAACAUGGACGCAAAAAUACUCAGCAUCUGCUUUAAAGACUGCUGGGUGAAGUGUGUAUUUUUGUACACAUCCCUAGUUUCAGGGGUCUGUAUGUUAUAGUAAAAAAAAAAAAAGGUUACAAUUCUAAAGUUAUGACUUUAUAUAAAUUGUUUGAAAUGAAUAAAUAGCUGGAUUUUCUACAUGAAUGCUGAGAUCCUAACAUAGUCACUUUCAUUCUGUUUGUUACUCAGUCGUCAGAAAGUGAAACAGCAUGCUCAGUGGUGAUUAGCUACACUGAGUCCGAUGACAGCUGUAGGUGCGAACGCUGCAUUAAUUUGACAGCUGUCUGUUGGGUGCGGUAUCCUUAAAAUAAUAAUGACUUGUUCGUUGUUUCCACUUCAAAUCCAAUGUGAAGGCUAAUCUUGCCAGAACAACACAAGUGUUCAGCUAUUUAUGGACUCUCUGGACUCUCUCUCUCUCUCUCUCUCUCUCUCUCUCUCUCUCGCUUCACCUUACCACCACACAGCCUUUUAAAAUGUGAUCUGAUGUUGUACAUUUGAAGCCUGAUCUAAGGAGUGUACAUAGUUAAGCCAGUUAGCCUUCAAAAGCCAUUGGAUGCUUUUGAUGCCAUUUCUUUGUUCAUCUGUUGAUGCAAAUUUGAUUAUUUUAAUUGGAUUUGUGUGUUUAUGUUUAUAAUUUUCUAACAUGAAAAUAAACAUGCAUAAGCAAUUGGUGUAUUUUAUAUUAUUGAUAGAUUGUCAAAGAAAAAGUCUUAUACUUGGGCCAGCUGAGUUUGUGACAGAAAUAAUAUUGCUAAAGGGAAAACACAAUAGCCUUAUAUAAUAUGUAUUUUACUAGUACUUUACAAGGGAUAUCAAUAUCAAUAUGAACUUUUUGUUUUAAUUUAUUGCCUAACUUUCUUUAUGGAAACAGUGUGGUACGCCAUUGUUCUGACACUUGACACUGCUGUUUUUUGGGUGCAUGUAAAUUGUGCAAAAGUCCUUCCUGAAAAUCCAGGAUUUCUGAAUUGUAUGUUUUUUUUUGUUGUUGUUUUUUCCCCCAGUCCAGACCUCAAAAAUAACAUGGUGAAUAAAACUUUCUAGUCUUGUUUCGUCUUAACAAGUUGGAUUCUCCAAUAAAGCCUUCUGGUCACUUCA